GCAACGGCCUGGGCCACGCUAGGGCUUUCCGGGGAUCCCAGGUGCCGCAGGCGUGCUGGGUACAAUUUCGGGAGCCGACCAGACACAGAGGCUAAAGCUGUUAAGCUGAAGGCAGGAGCUGUGAGGAUGGCACACCUGCUGGGCAGCCAGGCCUGUAUGGACAGCCUGCGCAAGGACCUCACCGACCUGCAGGGUGCCAUCGUAGACGUCUUCUCCCACACUGGGCCUGUGCGCUUUCCCUCCUGGAAGUUCCCAGAUCGUGUGGCCUGUGACCUUGACAUGGUGGCCCUGCUGGAGCACUAUGACCAUGUUCCUGAUGACCCCGAGUUCACACAGCUGUCCCAUGCUGUGCUGCUGGAGCUGGUCAUCGACAGGCUCCUGCUACUGCUUCAAAGUUGCAUGAGCUACUUGGAGAACCUUGGCUCAGAGCAGAUGAUGCCCCCCGCGCGGGCUGCGGGACCCUGCAUGUCCGUGGGGCUCACGGUGCGGCGCUUCUGGGACAGCCUGCUGAGGUUGGGCAUGCUCCACCAGCAGGCGCUUCCCCAGAAAGGGGCAAACCAAAGGGAGACCCCUACCUCCAAGCCCACCGCCAAGGACAAGCCAGCUAGGAGCCCUGAAUGUCUGACUGCCAAGUUCAUCAAGCCCUCCUCCCCAAUGCCAGGCUUGCCCCAGACCUGCCAAGACCCAGAGAGCAUCCCCAUCAGAGCCUCCCUGCAGUGUCCAGCCACGGCCUCCAAGAACACCAGGAGUGUUUACUCCCAGACCAUUGAGACGGCCCUGGUGCCCUGUGACGCGUGUGCCAGCGUCCAGGGAAGCCUGUGGAAGGUGGGCAAGGUGGUCAUCAGCCUGUGUCAGAGCCAGAACUUACCCUCGUCCUUAGGCCAGUUCCAGCAACUGGUGCAGGACAGCAUGGGGCUCAGGCCACUGCCAGCUGCCACGGUGGGCCACUGGGCAGCAGAGCAGAGAAAAGACCUGACGUGCCUCAGUAAGCAUGUGGAGGCCCUUAGGGCCCAGCUGGCAGAGGCUGAGGAGCAAAAGGAUGGCCUGAGGAAGCAGGCGUGCAAGCUGGAGCAGGCGCUGAAACAGGAACAGGGGGCACGGCAGCGACAGGCGGAGGAGAAUGAGCAGUGCCUGGCUGAGUGGGAGCAUGACAAGCAGCAGCUGCUCGCAGAAACAUGUGACCUAAAGACAAAGAUGGCCACCCUGGAGAGGGAACUGAAACAGCAGCAGGAGUCCACACAGGCUGUGGAGGCAAAGGCCCAGCAGCUGCAGGAGGAAGGUGAGUGCAGGGCGGCGGCAGAGAGGCAGGUACAGCAGCUGGAGGAGCAGGUGCAGCAGCUGGAGGAGCAGGUGCAGCAGCUGGUGGGGCAGCUGGAGGGCGCCAGACAGCAGAUCAGCUGGGCCAACAAGGAGCUGGACAAGGAGAAGGCCCGUGACAAAAGCAUGGUCCGCCACCAGGAGUCCCUGCAGGCCAAGCAGCAAGCCCUGCUAAAGCAGCUGGACAGCCUGGACCAGGAGCGUGAGGAGCUGCGGGGCAGCCUGGAUGAGGCUGAGGCCCAGCGGGCCCGUGUGGAAGAGCAGCUGCAGAGCGAGCGAGAGCAGGGGCAGUGCCAGCUCCGGGCCCAGCAGGAGCUGCUGCAGAGCCUGCAGAGAGAGAAGCAAGGCCUAGAGCAGGUGACUACAGACUUGCGGCUGACCAUCCUGGAGCUAGAGCGGGAGCUGGUAGAGCUGAGGGAGCAGGAGCGGCUGCUGGUGGCCUUCCCAGACCUGCACCAGCCCACCAAGACCCAGAUCCAUGGAGGAGAACGGGCGGCUUCAAUCAAUGCUGUCCAGAAUCCGGGAAGUGGCCCAGCAGGGUGGCCUCAAGCUGAUCCCACAGGACCAGCUCUGGUCCCCUUCCAGCAAGGGAACCCAGGGAACAACACCGCCAGUCCAGACCCAGAGCACAUCCCCAGGGCCCCUGGGUGGACAGCACCUUCCUGGCAGCAGGAUGGGCAGGACCCUGCCCGGCCAGCCCCGCACCUCUCCACCUCAGCAGCCCCGCGCAUCCCCACCUCGGCAGCCCUGCAGCCAGCCCAGCAUGUCCUUGCUGGAGGAUGUGACCCACUCGGCCACCUCCACCCAGAGCCCCAUCAGGGCCUUGGUCAGGCUGAAGAGGAGACUGUCACCUGGCCAGGGCCAGGCCGGCUCUGCACACCAGCCCCAGGAGCGGCCCAUGUAGCCUGUGGUAGGGCUGGGGCUGGAUGGCAGGUGGCUGGCAGCCCACCCACUGUAAUAAAGGCCCAACCAUUGGCCCACAGCAGUCUUGGCUUCACAGUAUGGCUGAGCUGGGGAAAGAGUCCUUCCUAGGACAGGGACCACGGAGUCCCCAGCCAUGUAGGUCAUCAGCCAGCAGAGUCCUGGCCCUAUUGACCCUCAGUAAAAGGGGCCUUCCUGCUUCCCUCCUGACAGAGACUGUGGGAUAGGAGAGUACACUCAGGGCAGAGGAAGCUCCUAGGACCUGGGCCAGGUGAAGGGCCGUCUUUCUAUCCCCAGAGCAAGGUCCCAGGGGUGAACCUGGGCUCAGUGUCUUGUACUGACUCAGAUGGGUGUCAGGUGAGGGUGGACAGAGGAAGGGCCAUUGAGGACUUCUGAGGCAGGCAGAGGGGAGUAAUGCCUUCAGCCUCCCACCCUGGCUCUGGACCUACACUGAGCACAUUAAGAACCCAAGAGGUCAGCAUCCUUUCACUGAGGAACUCCUCUCCUUUAGGAAAUGGUGACCAUCAUGAAGGUUUCUCUAACUCCUGGAGGUCAGAGCCCCAGGAGGUCACUGAAGGCAGGGCAAGGCUUCCCUUAAGCAGAGGACAUCCUGCCAGCCCUGGCUGUCCCAUGCCUGUCCCUUGCCCUCCUCCCCAGCCCAGGAUGCCAUGCAGCUGAGCAUCCAGAGCUCCGGUUUUCCUCAUGAAGCCACCAGUCUGCUCUGAGCCACUUGCCUAUGAAGGACGGUCUCCAAAAACUUGCUGAGGCCUUCUCAGGGUGCACACUCCCAGGUGCCUGAAGCAUUUUUCCUUGGUGAAGAGGCCGUCAGAGCACCUCAGUUCACAGACAAGGGUCAAGAAGGGCCAUGGUCAGCGUCAUUUCCUGCUUCUGAGGGGCCCAGGCACCCCCCUCACAGGGGAGCACCAGCCCUUAGCACCCUGAGCCAGGAGGCCUGUGGCCAAGUCCAGGGGAACAACCUCACAGCUGAGCAUCUCUCAGGCUGCCACCAAUUCCAUACCCAUGUAUUCAUUAGCUCCCAGUUCUGGAGGUUGGAAGUCUAGAUUCUGUGUGGCCGGGUUUUCUACUAAGGGUCCCAGAAGGUUGAAAUCAAGGCAUCUACCAGGCUGUGUUCCUUUCUGCUGGCUCUGGGGAAGAAUCCACUUCCAAGCUCAUUUUACUUGGUGGCAGAAUUCCGAUCCUGUGGCCAUGAGACUGAGGUCCUCAUCUCCUCACUGGCUGCUGUAAGCCAGCUCCUCUCUCACCUCCUAGAGGCCGCCCACUUUCCUUGCCAUGGGGCUCCCUCCAUCUUCAAAUCAGCAACACAGAAUUUCUCAGGCACUGAAUCCCCCACAUGCUUUAAAUCCCUGACUUCCUCCUUUUGUACCAGCAGAAAACGACUUUUAAUGGGCUCAUGUGUUUAGGCCAAGGCCCACUCAAUACUUUCCCUUUCUUCAGGUCAACCUGCCAUACCGCCCAACCAUGAGCAUAAAAUCCCUUAGAGUCACAGUUCCAGAGAUUAUAUUAAUACAGGGCAUGUUCACGGUGGGUGGCAGUGGGAAUCUUGGGGGCCAUCUUAGAAUUCCAUCUACCACAGGUAGUAGAACCUAAGGUGACUUUUUAAAUCUUAAAACACCCAUACACAUUUUAUAUCUUAUGUUAAAAUAUAGCCAUGUUUAUUUUACUAUUAAA